AUGGAUUAUAGUUACUUCAAGCCGUCGGAUAUGGAUGCAAGACAUGUCAAGCCGCCGGAUAUUCUGUCUUCCUCGUCAAACCCUAAUAAGGGUUUUGCUACUAGAUUACUGAACAUUGACGGCAAAACAUUCUGUCCGCGUAGGGGUGUUGUGUCUGAUCAACAACAGGGACCGAAGGUAGUUAAUGUCAUAGAUGAACUUACCAAAAUCACAAUUCCAGUCAAUCUUAAUGCCGAUGAUCAUGAUGUCAUUAAGCCUAAUGCUGUGCAUGAUGAGGUUUUCUGGGAAGCUAGUAAGGAGGAGAAAACAGUCUCGUAUGCUGAAAAGGUGCAGUCCACUCGUAAGAAAAGGGAGGUAAAUUUCAGACUCUUGGAACCUAAGGAAACGAGAGAUGAUGCUGAUAUUGUUAUACCGAAAGAGGUUGUGCAGCAGGUUCAAGACAAAUUCGAUAAUGUCCUCUAUGGUUAUUUUUUAGGGAAUAGAUUGCCGUUUCCUGUGGUUGAGUAUUAUGCGAAGAAUGUCUGGGCAAAGUUUGGGUUUUCAAAACUUAUGAUGAACACGUCAGGUUUCUUUUUCUUCAAGUUUGACUCGAAGGAAGGAUUGACUAAGGUGUUGGAAGGAGGACCAUGGUUAAUACGAAAGGUCCCGUUAUUUCUGAACAUAUGGUCUCCAAAGGUUACACUCAAGAAAGAUAGUAUCAAAACCGUUCCAAUAUGGGUUAAGUUGCACAAUGUGCCGAUUUCAGUUUAUACGGAUGAUGGAUUGAGCUUGUUGGCUUCGAAGCUAGGGGUUCCUAAAAGGUUAGAUUCCUAUACAGCUGAUAUGUGUGUUGAAAACUGGGGAAGGAGUAGUUAUGCUCGUGCGAUGAUUGAGUUAAAUGCUGAUAACGAGCUGAAGGAUCACAUUACUGUAGCUAUCCCUAAAAUGGAUGAGGAUGGGUUCAUUUUGGAACGGGUUAAAGUUGAAUAUGAGAGGAGGCCGUUACGCUGUAGUACAUGUUGUUUGUUUGGUCAUGAUGACAAUACGUGUAGCAAGAAACCUAAUGGUAAGGCUAAGAUGGUUACUGUUGAUGAGGAGGGUUUUGUUACUGAUAAAAGGAAGAUGGCGAGGUACUCGUUCCCUCAAAAGAAGCAGAAACCUAAGGUUGUGUAUAAACCUAAGACUAAUAAAUAUCAUGCAAGUACGUCUGGAACGAAGGGGGAUAAUUCGGCGGCUGUGCAGUUGUCAAACUCCUUUGCGGUGCUUGAUAAUGAUAAGAAUAAUGAGAAAAGGGAUCCGACUAGUGCCAAGUCGAUGAUUGAUGAAAAUCAUGGUACCCGUAUACAACAACCUGAUGAAGUUAAGGAGUUGAAUCUGACAGAGAUGGCUGAUUUUAUGAGUGGUAACAUGAAUAAUCAAAAUUCUGAGGGGGCAAGCACUCCCGGUGACAAUGAGUCUCAUGUGGCUGUUAAUAAGCUGAAUAAGAUAUGUGAGAAGAUUUUUCGGAAUUGGAAGUGGACAUCGAACGGAGGUAUGUGUCAUAGAGGUACGAGGGUGAUAUUGGGGUGGAAUGCGGAUGAUAUUGAUCUUAUGGUUAUAUCCCAAUCAGACCAGGUUAUUCAUGCUCAGGUAUUGUUAAAAUCGGUCAAAAAGAAGAUAUUUUGUUCUUUUGUGUAUGCGGAAAACAAAUAUCAGGAUAGGAGAAGCUUGUGGGCUGAUUUGUGUAACUUUAAAGGCCUCACUCAUGAUUUCAAUGCCGCUUGGGUUGUAAUGGGUGAUUUCAAUGCCGCUUUGAAUAUGGAGGAUUUUACUAUGGGGCCGUCCUCCCACACAAUAGCUAUGCGAGAAUUCUAUGAUUGUGUUCAAGAGGCAGAAUUGAUCGAUGUUAAGAGUCAUGGGUUGCAUUAUACUUGGAAUCAAAAACCAAAGGAUGGGGUAGGAAUGCUAAAGAAGAUUGACCGUAUUAUGGGUAACAUCAAACUCUUAGAUGUUUUCUCGGAUGCUUAUGCUAUGUUUCAGCCUUUCCGUGUUUCAGAUCAUGCUCCUGCUAUCUUGAAAUUAUUUUCUAUGUCUACGGACCGGCCUAAACCUUUUAAAUUCCCAAACUUUAUUGUGACAAAGCCUGAGUUCCGUCAAGCUGUGAUGUCCGAAUGGACUAAAACCGUGGAGGGUGCUACCAUGUUUUCUGUGGUUAAGAAAAUGAAGGGUCUGAAAUCACAUUUUAGGAGGAUAUUGCGUAAUCAAGGUAAUCUCCAUAAAAGAGUUACUGACUUACGGAAUGAGCUGGACCAGAUUCAAAAACAGGUGGAAGCUCAUCCUUUUGAUGCUGCUAUUCGGUCUUCUGAGACUAUCUGUUUGCGAGACUUCAAGUCAGCGGUUUAUGAUGAGGAGUGUUUCUUGAAACAAAAAUCUAAAGUGCAAUGGUUAUGUGCGGGUGAUUCAAAUACAUCCUACUUUCAUAAUAGUGUGAAAAGUAGGAAUGCUAGAAAUAAAAUCAAUUGCAUUAAGGAUACGAAUGGGAACCAGUAUGAGGGAGUUGAUGUCGCGGCUGCUUUGCUAAACCAUUAUUCAGCUUUCAUGGGCACCGAAGAUAAAGUGGCUAGGUUGGAUGAUGCAGAUUUAUUUGUUAAUGUUUUGCAGCAGAAUGUGGCGGAGACUAUGGUGAGACAGGUUAUCGAUGAUGAAGUUAAACAGGCUAUGUUCAGUAUAAGUGAGAAUAAGGCUGGGUGUUUGGGGACUCUAGUGAACAUUAACCAGUCGGCGUUUGUUCCUGGUAGAAAGAUAUCUGGUAAUAUUCUUAUUACGCAGGAGCUUAUGCAUAAUUAUCAUGUGGAUCGUGGUCCUCCGAGGUGUGCUUUGAAGAUUGACAUCCAGAAAGCUUAUGAUACUGUAAGCUGGUCUUUUUUAGAAGCUAUUUUAGUCCGGUUUGGUUUUCACCGGAAAAUGGUUGCUUGGAUUAUGGCGUGUGUCACAAUGGUAUCCUACUCGGUUAGCGUAAAUGGCGAGUUGCAUGGUUACUUUUCAGGGAAACGGGGUCUUCGUCAAGGAGAUCCAAUGUCCCCGUACCUAUUCACAUUGAUUAUGGAGGUGUUAUCUCUCAUGUUACAAAAGAUGGCGUUAAACCCUGCUUUCAAGUUCCAUAGUCACUGUUCUAAACAAAAGAUUAUCAACGUAUCAUUUGCUGAUGACUUAUUUGUUUUUGUUAAUGGAGAUAUUGGAUCGGUUAAGCUUGUUCGGAAUGUUUUGGAGAAGUUCACUAGUGUUUCGGGCCUGGUCCCUAGCUUGCCCAAGAGUACGGUUUUUUUCUGCAAUGUUCCAAGCCAAGUAAAAGCUGAAAUCCUGAGCUUGUUGCCGUUUCGUGAGGGUGAACUUCCGGUUCGCUACCUCGGGGUUCCCUUAAUCUCUACUAAGUUAUCUUUUAGAGAUUGCCGGGUUCUGGUGGAACGUAUGGAGAGGAAGGUUGAUAAUUGGAUGUCUAAAUUGUUAUCGUUUGCAGGUCGAUUGCAGCUCCUUAACUCUGUUCUUGCAGCAAUGUAUACGUAUUGGGCCUCGGUUUUUAUUUUGCCAAUGCGUAUAGUCAAGGAUCUGGAAAAGAGAAUGCGAAGUCCGAUCCGAAACUUUAUUACACCAAGGAGAAUUGCCCAAGCGGGUUUUAAUUUGCAAACUACUGUUGCAGAGCUUGUAGACGCUAAUGGCAACUGGCGGUGGCCUCAGGCAUGGUAUGACUUAUUCCCAGUACUCAUAAAUGUCAUGGCUCCUUCUCUUGUUCCUGAUUCGGUUGACAGACUGGGAUGGAGAGAGGUGGGAGGGAAAAUUGUGCAUUUUAGCUCUUGGGAAGCUUGGAAUAAUCUUCGGGUAAGGGAUAACAAGGUGGCUUGGGUGAAUAUGGUGUGGUAUGGCCAGUGCAUUCCAAGACAUUCUUUUCAUCUUUGGUUAGUUCUAAAGAAUAAGCUGAAGACACAAGAUAGAUUGGCAGUUUGGGAAGCGGGGAGUGAAACAAAUCUACGUCUUAUGUGCUGUCCUCUUUGUAACUAUGGACGAGACUCAAGAGAUCAUUUAUUCUUUCAAUGCUCUUAUGCGGCCAAGAUUUGGAGCAUUGUCAAGGAAAAAGUUGAUAUGGUAAAUGUAAACGAUUCAUGGAGCUCAAUCAUGGCAUGGAUAGAGCUGAAUGCGAGUUCAAAGACUCUGGAACACAUUGUGUGUAAGCUGGUGGUAGCGGCCUCUACAUACUUUAUAUGGCAAGAACGGAAUAACCGGCUGUUUUCCAACAUUCACAGGAAGGAAGAGAUGGUGGCACAGAUUAUUUUGGAUAUGGUGCGGCUUCGUAUAAUGAGUUUCAAGAUCGGACGUCACGGGAAUUAUAGGAAGCUUUUGGAAACCUGGGGAGUAAGAGAAGACGAACCGGGCUAA